AUGGUGUGCGAGGAGACGGCACCUUGCCCCUCGCCGGCCCGCGCGGACGCGGGCGCCGAGGGCCGCGGGGGCCUGUGCCCGCCAGCGUGGCUCGCAGCGCUGAUCGCACUCGGGGUGUGGGCAGCUGGGGCCAGGACGGACAUCAUGCUGGCCGCGGCAUCAUCGUGCAACCUCGUGCCGGGGGACGUGAUCGUAGUCCGCUGCGCUGCGGACGAUUUUUGGCAUGAAAGAGUGUUGUGCUCGCUGUCCGUGGACAGCCGCGGCGGAGUACACUGGGUGGUGGCAACACCCCAUGGAGAUUUGUACGUAGAAACGGUCGAGGGAGGCAGUCCAGAGGAUAGCCCCGUGGAGUGGAUCCGCCGCGCCCCCGACGGUCGACUGCCCUUGAGAUUCCUGGACACCGUGCGCGCGUUCGAGAGGGAUGAGGUGGACGAGGUGCCCUUAGUGAAGUGCGCGAGGAAGGGGGCGACGCUGGCGUUGAAGGAUGCCAAGCAGCGCGGCGAGAUCCCCGUCUCGAUGACCGUUGCGCGGGUGCCAGGCGGCCGCAAGGCGCCGAUCGGAGGGCUGUUGGGCGCGGGCUUUGUGCAGCCGGCGUUCCGUGAGGGAGCCCAUGACAGCGGCGAGACCGACGGGGGCGACGGCAACUCGCUGGGCUACGCUGCGGGUCAGGAGUUGAAGCCUGUGACGACGUUCAUCGGCUGCAAGGGCGUGUACUCCCCGGAUGGCAAGGAGGCCGCGUUCGUGGAGUUCAGCGACGAUGACCAGGCUGACUUCGUCAAGCGUGCGUCGGCGCGAGCACCCGCUGAGGCCACGCCGGUGCAAGAUGCGCGGCAGCUCUCGAUCAAGUACAAUCCACAGGGGCGCGUGCGUGAGUGGCGCGACGUGGUCGACAGUUGCCAGCAGGAGGAGUUCACCGACUUCCCAGUUAGCGGCACUCGCAGUAUGAGUUGGCGCCUACAUGCUUUGCGUCGCCGCCGCGCCCCGCGGGACCAUCAUCUGAUGUUCCGCAGCACGUGCUCUCUGAAGCCCGAGCAGUGGGGCGUGGCGGGGCACGGGACUUUGCUUCACAUCAUCGAGCUCGCAGAGCAGUACCAUCAGCUGAACGUCUCGAACAUGGCCUGCACGGAGGCGGCCGCGCGCAGGAUCCAGACCAUCGACCAUCGAGUGGGAAAAGCCUCCGCGGUCUCUGCGAUCAGACGGCGUCGCGUCCUAAAGCGCCAGGCCGUCUCCGAUCUCGCCAACCAGCGGCUGGCCAAGAAGCUCGAGAGGGUCGGGGUUGACCACGCGACCCAGCCGCUGGAGUUCGGUUCGCUCUUCCUCGCGAGGCACGCGGACGUCAAGGAUGCCUUCCGCCACCUCGAGCUGCCGCACCGCCGGCGCGACCUGCUCGCACUGCCGGCGGCGCCUGCCUGGAUUGCCGGCCGUUCUGAGGCGGCCGACUUGAGGGCGAGCCCGGGAUGGGUCACUAUAGCCACGGAGAUGGCGUCCGCUCGGGACGUCGAGAAAGAUGUUGGCCACUGCACUUCCCUCGCCCUCCUCUGCCGCGCCUCCCUGUCCAUCUUCCUGUCCGUCUACGCCUUCGUCGCUCGUCGCCGCUUUCGCGGGGCCGCGCGGCUCUGGGAGUCUGUGAUGGCGCGUCGUGACUUUGGGGCGCCCCGGAGUUCGAAGGCGACUGCAUCGGAUGCUACGUUCCGGGUCUACGGCGUCGUCUCGCGCGACCUCCCGCCCGAACGGGUUCGACGCCCAGGGCGGGUCAGCGAACGUUGGCGCUUCUCGGGCAAGGCCCAGAUCAGGCAUCGCAAAGGCGUUGCGGGGCCCGACGGGGAUCUCGACUCCAACGACUGGGCGAAGGAGGGGCGGUCGUCUGCCGUCGGGGCGCGCUCCGCGCUCCGCUCCGCGGUUGCCCGUGGCCUCGCCGCGGGCGUUGUCUUCGCGAGCCGCCGGUUCCCCAGCGAGCGGGACCGCGCCCGCCGACGCGCUGCGGCGGCACCCGCGGGGGCGAGCGAGAGCCGGCCCCUUGCUUCGCAGCGCUGCGACCCAGCCGGAGACGAGGGCAACCUGCAGGCCAGGCCGCGCCAGAGCGGCCGCCUGGACGUUGGGGCCGUGGACUGUCUCGACCAGGUCGCGUUUGCCAUCGCGAUGGAGCCGCUGGCGAUGGACCGCCGGGUCAUGGCCGCGCGCGCGGCGCUCUCCCUCGCGUUCCCCGUGAUGCCCAGCGACUGGAGGACGGCGCGCGUCGAGCACCUGGCGCGCCAGCUGUCGCGGCCCGUGCUCAGCCGCGACCCGCUGUCGCCGCUGUUCGCGUUCAGUCAGGCCGAGUUCGCCCGGCGCUUCAUGCCGACGCUGCAGUCGCGCGUCUUUCUGGAGGCGCUCGCGGGCGCGGCUCGGGUCGGCCGAGCGAUGGCCAGGCAAGGGUUUCACGCGCUUGCCUGGGGCGUCAAGUAUGGCGAGCAGUAUGAUCUCACAUCACCUUCGAAGUGGGAUCGCGUCCUGUUCAGCGAGUCGCGCCCCACGCCAGGCAAGGCCCAGGCCGAGAAAGAGCGGCUGCGGGGCCUGGGACUCUGGGUGUUUGUUCGUACGGUGGGCCUCGCCGCGCGGGGCUUGGCUAUGAGCGGCGAGAGGGGUUCCAGGGCGAUGACCGGCAACCUGCUGACCAACCCGAAUGUGUCGAAGGCGAGCUCGAAGCUGCGGAAGUCCAGGGUCGGCCGGAAGACGGGCGGAGCGGACAGGAGGUCGUCCCAGACGGUCACGACCACGUUCGCCGGGAACGAGUACCACGGCAUAGUCAAGACGAGCUCGUUGGGCCAGAGGUACUUCGAGGGCCAGGACUGCAGGUACACGUGGACCUCCGGGGUGAAGUACGAGGGGCCCUUCGUGAGCAGCAGGGCGGAGGGCCAGGGCAAGCUCUCCUGGCCCGACGGUUCGACCUACUCCGGCGAGGUCGUCAACGGCCUGCGCAACGGGCACGGCGAGUACACCGCCUCCGAUGGCGUGACCAAGUACGUCGGCCAAUGGCGCGACGGCAAGCGGCACGGCAGGGGUCGCCUGACCUACGACCCCGAAGGGGAGGCGCACUACGACGGCGCCUGGGAGGAUGGCCAGAAGCACGGCUUCGGCUGCCAGGUGUGGCCCAGUGGGAACAGGUUCGAGGGCCAGUGGAAGUGCGGCAAGAUGUCUGGCCGCGGCACAAUGGUGUGGGUGGACGGCGGUGUCGUCGAGAAGUUCGUCGGCUACUGGGAGGAUGGCCACCCGCACGGCGAGGGCACCCAGACGUGGUGCGCGCCAGAGGGUUCGGGCGCGCUGUCCUCGCGGGCAGGUGUGCUGCCAGCGCAGCAGAUGCUGAACCGCUACGAGGGCCAGUGGAGUAACGGGCUCAGGAAUGGCAAAGGCCUCUUCUGCUACGCCAAUGGCGCCAGGUACGCAGGCGAGUGGGCCGAUAAUGUCAAGCAGGGGACGGGCAGGUACACGCACGAGGACGGGCGCGUGUACGCCGGGCCAUUCGCUGGCGACCAGAUGGUCAACGGGGGCGUCCCGCAGAGCGCCCAGCCUUCCAAGGGCGCGCUGAACAUAGGGGCCGAGGACAACCCGGUGCGGCGCUGCAUAGACGUGUCCGACCUCGCGCCGUUUUGCUUGCCAGCCGACGUCGGCGAGCUGGACUUGAGCGUGGGGUCAGGCUACGACGAGGCCGACGAGGUGCUCCGAGAGGUGUAUAAUCUUUUGCUCAGACGUCUGGGGCUACUCAAGGCGCUCUAUCACGACUACCGCAUGGUGCAGCAGAAGACUGGGGACGACCCUUUCGUCCUUCAGGCCCGUCAGAUGUGGGCGCUCGUGUGCGACAUGGGACUCGUGGCGCCGGGGUGCAGCCUGAGCGUCCUGAACCGCGCGGUGUUCUGCGGCCCGCGGCACCACCUCGAGGCGGCCUUCGACGACAUGGAGGACGUGAAGCCGUUGGAGCCCGACUUCGAGGGCGAGCCCCUGACCCCCAGGGCGCCCAGCGUGGAGCCCGCUGACGCGGACGGCGAGGGCGACGCCGAGGGCGGCGACGCUGAGGACGAGAGCGCCUACGACGACGGCGAGGGCAGCGAGAGCCAGAGCCAGGCAACCGCGGUGGUGCCGAGGAGCGGCGACGGCGACGGCGGUGGGCAGCGAGCGCCUGCGACGGUGGCCAGCGUGAGGAUCAGGAGAAAUUGGAAGAGCAAGGAGAAAGAGGAAGCAGGAGAGAAGCAGGAGAAGGAGGACGUAGAGCAGGAAGACGAGAGGGACAAGAAAUGA